AUGUCAAAGGAAGUAGUUCACGCGGGCGUAGUUCUUUUAGCUCAUGUUAUCAAGAAGGAUUUACAACGAAAACUAAAGAAAAACUUUAAAGAGAAAAGAAAAUGUGUAAGAUCGUGGAUAGAAAGACGUGAUGAAUAUGGUGCUUCCAGUGAUUUAUUGAGAGAGUUAAAAGACCAAGAUCCUUUGGCCUAUAGAAAUAUGUAG